AGAAGCCCUUUAAAAGCGCCAGCUUCCUUCACACUUCUUUUCAUCAGGACAGCUCUGAGAACGCGGCAGGGGAAGGGGUCCCUGGGACCCUGCGUUGCUUGGCUGCCGACUUACCCCCUCCUCUCCAUCACUGGAAGGAAAGGCUAAGCUCUGGGCCAUGAGGCUGGCCCUGCUCCUGGUUUUCCUCUGUCUCAUUCCGGUUGCAGUGCAGCUGUUGGACACUAGGCAAUUUUUAAUAUAUAAUGAAGACCACAAGCGCUGCGUCGAAGCAUUAAGUCCCAGCGCGGUCCAAACAGCCGCUUGCAACCAGGAAAACGAAGCGCAGAAGUUCCGAUGGGUGUCUGAUUCCCGGAUUAUGAGUGUGGCAUUUAAACUGUGUCUGGGGGUCCCAUCAAAGACGGACUGGGUUCCUGUCACUCUGUAUGCCUGUGAUCCAAAGAGCGAAUUUCAGAAAUGGGAGUGCAAAAAUGACACACUUUUGGGGAUCAAGGGAGAAGAUUUAUUUUUUAAUUACGGCAACAAACAAGAAAAGAAUGUUAUGCUUUACAAGGGCUCUGGCUUGUGGAGCCGAUGGAAAAUCUACGGAACCACAGAUGAUUUAUGCGCCAGGGGUUAUGAAGACAUGUACACCCUGCUGGGCAAUGCCAACGGGGCGACUUGUGCAUUUCCAUUCAAAUUUCAAGACAAGUGGUACGCAGAUUGCACCAGUGCUGGGCGAUCGGAUGGAUGGCUCUGGUGUGGGACCACCCCAGAUUACGAUACAGACAAGCUCUUUGGAUAUUGUCCCUUGAAAUUUGAAGGUAGUGAAAGUUUAUGGAACAAAGACCCGCUGACUGGCAUUUCCUACCAGAUAAACUCCAAAUCUGCCCUAACGUGGCAUCAAGCGAGGAGAAGUUGCCAACAACAAAACGCGGAGCUCAUGAGUAUCACGGAAAUCCACGAGCAAACAUACCUGACAGACUCUUCUGAGUUUUCCCGGAUUUCUGGCUUUCUGGAAGCCAAGGGACCUAACACAGGUUACUUUUCCACUGCGUUCACCAGCUGCCUGGAGGAAAGGGGGAUGCCCUCUGGCCAGGACAGCAGCUCCUGCCGGAAAUGCUUUCCUAAUCAGCCAGAGCUAUUCUUGUGUCCCGAGAGCCAACCAGCCCAGAGAGUCAGAGGCUUGGUUCACCUCAGAUACUUAUUUGAAUCUUAUCCAAGCCUCCGGAAUUGUAGAAGUCCGUCAACAGAACCUGGAAAAAGCUGCGUGUCAUUAAAUCCUGGAAAAAAUGCUAAAUGGGAAAAUCUGGAAUGUGUUCAGAAACUAGGCUAUAUUUGUAAAAAGGGCAACACAACUUUGAAUUCUUUUGUGAUUCCCUCCGAAAGUGAUGUGCCCACUAACUGUCCAAGCCAGUGGUGGCCCUACGCAGGUCACUGUUACAAGAUUUACAGACAGGAGAAGAAGAUCCAAAGAGAUGCCUUGAUGGCGUGCAGGAAGGAAGGUGGCGAUCUAGCCAGUAUCCACAGCAUCGAGGAAUUUGACUUUAUCUUCUCCCAGCUGGGAUAUGAGCCAGACGAUGAGUUAUGGAUCGGCUUAAAUGACAUCAAGGUCCAAAUGUAUUUUGAGUGGAGUGAUGGCACCCCAGUGACAUUUACUAAGUGGCUUCGGGGGGAGCCGAGCCAUGAAAACAACAGGCAGGAAGACUGUGUUGUAAUGAAAGGCAAGGACGGGUAUUGGGCAGAUAGGGCCUGUGAGCGGCCUCUUGAGUACAUCUGUAAGAUGAAAUCACAAACCCAACCUUCUGGAACAAUAGAAGUCGCAAAGGGCUGCCGGAAAGGCUGGAAAAGACAUGGCUUCUACUGCUAUUUGAUUGGACACACGCUUUCAACAUUUGCAGAAGCAAAGCAAACCUGUGUAAAUGAGAAGGCUUACUUAACAACCAUUGAAGACAGAUAUGAACAAGCGUAUCUAACUAGUUUGGUUGGAUUGAGGCCUGAAAGAUAUUUUUGGACGGGACUUUCCGACGUACAAAACAAAGGCACCUUUCAAUGGACCAUUGAGGAAAAUGUUCAGUUCACGCACUGGAAUUCAGAUAUGCCAGGGCGAAAAGCAGGAUGCGUCGCCAUGAGAACUGGAGUUGCUGGGGGCUUGUGGGAUGUUUUGAGAUGUGAAGAAAAAGCAAAAUUUGUGUGCAAACACUGGGCGGAAGGAGUGACUCGCCCGCCAGAGCCCACCACAACUCCCGAGCCCAAAUGUCCGGAGGAAUGGGGCGGCAGCAGUAAAUCGAGCUUGUGUUUCAAGCUGUUUGCAAAAGGAAAACAUGAGAAGAAAACAUGGUUUGAAUCUCGAGAUUUUUGUAAAGCUCUGGGAGGUGAUCUAGCCAGUAUCAAUAAUAAAGAGGAACAGCAAACAAUAUGGAGAUUAAUAGCGGCCACCAGCACGUACCAUGAACUGUUUUGGUUGGGACUUACAUAUGGUAGUCCUUCAGAGGGUUUUACUUGGAGUGACGGUUCUCCGGUUUCAUAUGAAAAUUGGGCUUAUGGAGAACCUAAUAAUUAUCAAAAUGUUGAAUACUGUGGUGAGCUGAAAGGUGACUCUGCUAUGUUCUGGAAUGAUAUUAACUGUGAACAUCUUAACAACUGGAUUUGCCAGAUACAGAAAGGACAAACACCAAAACCUGAGCCAACACCAGCUCCUCAAGACAAUCCACCAGUCACUGAAGAUGGGUGGGUUAUUUACAAAGACUACCAGUACUAUUUUAGCAAAGAGAAGGAAACCAUGGACAAUGCCCGAGCAUUUUGCAGGAAGAACUUUGGUGAUCUUGUUUCUAUUCAGAGUGAAAGUAAAAAGAAGUUUCUAUGGAAAUAUGUCAACAGGAAUGAUGCACAGCCCGCAUAUUUUAUUGGCUUAUUGAUCAGCUUGGAUAAAAAGUUUAUUUGGAUGGAUGGAAGCAAAGUGGAUUAUGUGGCUUGGGCCACAGGUGAACCGAAUUUUGCAAAUGAUGAUGAAAAUUGUGUGACCAUGUACUCAAAUUCAGGGUUUUGGAAUGACAUUAAUUGUGGUUAUCCAAAUGCCUUCAUUUGCCAGAGGCACAACAGCACCAUCAAUUCCACGGUCAUUCCAACUGUGCCCGGGGUCCCAGGAGGUUGUAAGGAAGGCUGGAAUUUUUACAAUAACAAGUGUUUCAAAAUCUUCGGAUUUGUUGAAGAAGAAAGAAAAAAUUGGCAAGAGGCACGAAAAGCUUGUAUAGGAUUUGGGGGAAAUCUGGUAUCGAUCCGCAAUGAAAAAGAGCAAGCAUUUCUCACCUAUCAGAUGAAAGACUCCACUUUUAAUGCCUGGACUGGGCUGAAUGAUGUGAAUUCCGAGCACACCUUCCUAUGGACGGAUGGUCGAGGAGUUCAUUAUACCAACUGGGGGAAAGGUUACCCUGGUGGGAGAAGGAGCAGUCUGUCCUAUGAAGAUGCUGACUGUGUCGUUAUUAUUGGUGGGAAAUCAAGGGAUGCAGGAAAAUGGAUGGAUGACACAUGUGAUAGUAAGAGGGGCUACAUAUGCCAGACACCUCCUGAUGCUUCCUUGCCUCAUUCUCCGACAACAAUUCCAGCAGAUGGUUUUAUUCAAUAUGGUGAAAGUAACUAUUCACUUGUGAAAUUAAAGUUACCGUGGCAAGAGGCGGAGAAUUAUUGCAAACUCCACACUUCCCUAAUUGCUAGCAUUCUAGAUCCCUAUAGUAAUGCAUUUGCACUGAUGCAGAUACAAAAAUUUAAUGAGCCUGUGUGGAUCGCCCUGAACAGUAACUUGACCAAUAAUGAGUAUGCUUGGACUGAUAGAUGGAGAAUGAGGUAUACUAACUGGGCUGCUGAUGAGCCCAGACUGAAAUCAGCAUGCGUUUACCUGGAUGUCGAUGGCUACUGGAAGACAGCAUACUGCAAUGAAAGUUUUUAUUCUCUCUGCAAAAGAUCAGAUGAAAUCCCGGCCACCGAGCCUCCACAACUACCCGGCAGAUGCCCAGAGUCCGAGCACACAGCCUGGAUUCCUUUCCAUGGUCACUGCUAUUACAUCGAAUCUUCCUAUACAAGAAACUGGGGCCAAGCUUCUCUGGAAUGUCUCCGGAUGGGCUCUUCUUUGGUUUCUAUUGAAAGUGCUGCUGAAUCAAGUUUUCUGUCAUAUCGAGUUGAACCACUUCAAAGCAAAACCAAUUUUUGGAUAGGAUUGUUCAGAAAUGUUGAAGGAAUGUGGAUAUGGAUAAACAAAAAUCCAGUUUCCUUUGUCAACUGGAACACGGGAGAUCCUUCUGGCGACCGAAAUGAUUGUGUAGCUUUAUCUGCAGCGUCUGGAUUUUGGAGUAGUGUUCACUGUUCUUCCUACAAAGGAUAUAUUUGUAAAAGACCAAAAAUUGUUGAUGCUGCACCUACUCAUGCAUUACUUACCACGAAAGCUGACCCGAGGAAGAUGGGCCCUUCCAAACCAGCUUCCAGCAAGGCCGGAGUGGUGGUCAUUGUGGUCCUCCUGAUCAUAACAGGUGCCGGCCUCGCUGCGUAUUUCUUUUAUAAGAAGAGACGUGUGCACUUACCUCAAGAGAGCACUUUUGAAAACACUCUCUAUUUUAACAGUAGGUCAAGUCCAGGAACUAGCGAUAGGAAAGAUCUCAUGGGCAACAUUGAACAGAACGAACACGCAGGCAUCUAGUCUCAUAAUGUGAUUCCGAUGUAUUUGAAUUUCCUACCAUUAACUAAAAUGUUAAGGUUCUUUAAUUCAAUGUGAUUGUCUCCUUUACAAUUAGUACUGUAUUGCACUGGCCUGUCCUUUUACUUUGCCUAAUUGAAGAAAUAAUCGCUCGUUUUCUAGUCUGGCAAGGCAUUUUUGUGAAAGAGAGGUAAUGAUAUCAAUGACCACUUUGAAAAAUAUCUCAGGUGAACACACAGCACCGUAAUGCCGACAUUUAAGCCUCACGCUUGUGUAGGUCAUGUCGACUGCACGUGCCAGAGUGAUUAGAAGCCCAAAUGCCCAAGCUUCCUACAAUAGUUGAAGGCGCUCCCAAAGAAAUGUUACCUAUUGAAUUGUAAUACGGUAAUAAGAAGACCAUUUUGAAAAUCCAGUACAAAUAACUUGUCCUUUGUUAUUUCAGGUGGCAUAAAAAUUUAGUCACAUUUUCCUCUUACCAAUCCCGACUUUUACGUCAAUUAUUUAGAGUUGCAUUUGUACGUGUGCAGAAAGAAUGAGGCAGCUGAGAACCUGUUUCCCCCAGCAGGGUUUUCAAGGCUGAAUAUUCAAAUGUGUUCUUUGUCCUGUUAUAUGUAUAUCAGGAAUGCAAAGAUGUGAAAUACAAAUGUAAAUUUGCAUAACUGGGUGUACUUAGAUAAUGUGAAAUAAACAUCAAAGACAAGGUCUAUUUAUAAUA